AUGGGUUGCUCCUUGGUCGUUGCAGUAAUUUUGCUAGUGCUAUGGUUGCUUACAUGCCGAUCCAAGUUGAAAGUCUUCCACGAGCAACAUAAGUUUAAUCCGAUCGGGCUCAAGCCAUUUAGUUAUCAUGAGCUUGACGCUGCAACUGAAGGUUUCAAGGUAGAAAUAGGAAGGGGCGCCUUUGGGACGGUAUACAAGGGCACCUUAGCUGACAGAAGAGCAAUUGCUGUGAAGAAGCUUCACGAUCUGUUCAAGAAACAAAACCCUGAAGAGGGGGAAAAGGAGUUCAGAACAGAGAUGCGUAUCAUCGCAGCAAACCAUCACAAAAAUCUUGUUCAGCUCUAUGGUUUCUGUGACGAGGGCUCCCACAAGAUUCUGGUGUACGAGUACAUGUCCAACGGGUCUCUGGACGACAGCCUGUUUAAAGGUACAAAGGGUCUUGCUUGGGAGCUGCGUGUUCAGAUCCUUUUAGGGACUGCAAGAGGGCUCCUCUACUUACAUGAAGUGUGCAGAACCCAUAUAAUCCAUUGUGACAUAAAGCCUCAGAAUGUUUUGCUGGAUGAAAAAUACUGUGCUAAGAUAUCUGACUUUGGGAUAUCCAAAUUGCUUGGUGUACAACAAACGAGGACGUUUACUUUGGCCCGUGGCACCCUGGGUUACAUGGCACCUGAGUGGCAAAAGACUAUGGCAGUUUCUGUCAUGGUAGACGUGUAUAGCUUCGGAGUGCUACUCUUGGAAGUCAUCUGCUCCAGGAAAAUGUUGCAAUUGGAUGUUCCAGAGAAUGAAAUAAUGUUGUCUGACUGGGUGUACGACUGCUUCAAACAUGGGAGACUUGCAAAGUUAGUUGAGCAACAAGAGUGCAGAGGUAUGGAGGUAAGACAGUUGGAAAGAAUGGUAUUGGUGGGGUUUUGGUGCAUUCAGGAAGAUCCUUUUCUCAGGCCGUCAAUUAAGAAGGUGCUUCAGAUGCUGGAAGGAACAGUGGAAAUUACAGUGCCCCCUAAUCCAGGAUCAUCUUCUUUACACAGUGGAAGCAAUUCAGUCUAA